AUGGCAGAACCUCUCCCGAACCUCAACCCUGCUGUCGAGGAUGGCUUCGAUAGCGAUAAUACCUCUUCUACCGUGACUACUCCCAGAGGCUCGACCCCAACCUCCCCUGUGCUCAAGCUUGCCGACGCUGCGGAUCACUCCACUAUUUCCCUCCCUGAAUCAGUCAACAACCAUGCCGAGCAAGGCGCAAUGGAGGCCAACUCCAUGCAUAGCGCUAUGACCCAAGGCACUUCAACCGAACACAUUGCCUCGAAGGAUGAACCUCGUACCAUGAAUAACAGUCUUGAGCGAGGUCUUUAUAUGCCUGGCUGGGGUACCGAGGAGGAUUCAACCGCUGCUUCUCACAAUGUGGAGGCGGAGUUACUAGCUGCGGCGGCCCAAGAGCAAGCAUUUGCUAUAAGCAGGUCUCUGAUGGCUCACGAGCAAGCUAUGCAACCUCAUCCAAUGGAUCCUAUUCAGCAUCAUCCGGCUCCAAACUGGGGUAGCAUUCAAGUCAAUUCUUAUGAAUCUGAUGCGCCUACUGAUGCUUCUUUCAGUGCACGCCAGCACGCUUCGUUGAACGAAUUGGCCGUUGCAUCUUCUGCUGAUAAGGGAAAUAAUCGAGUUGAGGAUCACUCUACCAAGAGUCUUUAUGAUGCUCUCAACACCGUCAGCAUUGCUUGCUUUGGCUCACGUUCCAGCACAGAUGCGGGCAGCGGGGAUGCUCCUGUUUGCACCCGACCUACCUUCCACAACGACGAAGUCAUUGUUUCAGCUCAGACCAAGCUCGCAAAGAUCGUCAACACUCCAUCUUCAAGUCGUCACUCAUCUAUGAUGAACCAAGACGGUGCGUGCAGUAAUGUAGAGAGCCGUGAAGGUCGGCAGACUGCGGAAAAGGGAGUUCAAGCUACCGGUAUCGCCGCUGCCUCAAGUCAAGCUAAUGUGGAUGGAGUUCCUCGUGUCAACACGGUCAGAUAUCCCCGUAGCUCUAUCUACUCUGGAAACGCCAAUGCCUCGAGCUCCGUUCAUGCUGCUGGUGUUGAGUGCCUCCCUACAUCUCCAAACAUGUCCCACGCAGUCCCAAAGAAGACUAUGAAGCACCUCAUGACCAGUGCUACAUCAGAUCCUCGUCUUAGAUACGAUGUUCAGAAGUAG